CUGCGAGGAAGGCUUUGCUGAGCAGACAAUGGCCUGGAUUCACAGACCAUUUUAAUAGGAUACAUAGGUAUUAGCGGUAAGACGGUCCAGGGCAUACAGUUUUGCCAAACCAGUGUGCCAAAUCCACUGUGUGGCACACUGGAUAGUACAUAGUGGUCCGAGGACGUUUUUUGGACCCUUUUUCGGCACUUUUUGGGGCAACAAAUAAGAUACAACAGAGUCUCGUUCGCCUCCUUGUCGCUCUCCUUCCCCUACUCCCCCGGUAAGACUCGGACCCCCUCGCUGCAACCAUGGUGGUGAUGAAGAUGAAAUUCCCCUUUGAGAAAAGGGUGAAGUUAGCCCAGGGACUGUGGGUACUCUCCUGGUUUGCAGCUGUGGCUGGUGCUAUAACCUUCACCCUGGGCUGCAUCCUUAAGACGGAGCUACGAAAGAGGGCAGAGGUAAUGGACAACACAGAUGUACAUGUUGUGCCCAAUACCCUCAUGCUUGUUGGUCUGGCCUCCUUGGGUAUCAACUACUUUGCUGGGAAGAUCUGUCAGGAUGCCCUGGAUGCUGGGCGAUUCCCUCGCUGGAAAACCUUCUUGAAGCCCUAUUUUGCGACAUCUUGUUUCUUCACCGUCCUAAUGCUUCUGUCUGUGGUCAUGAGCUACGUCAUGAAGGGCAGCCUGGAGAAUUCUCUGAAGAUCGGCCUGAGGAAUGGCAUCCGCUUCUACAAGGACACGGACACGCCUGGGCGCUGUUUCCAGAAGCAGAAUAUUGACCGUCUGCAGAUGGACUUUCAGUGCUGUGGAAACACCGACCACAGGGACUGGUUUGAGGUCCAGUGGAUCAGCAACCGCUACCUUGACUUCAGCUCUAAGGAUGUGAAAGACCGCAUCAAGAGCAACGUGGAUGGCCGUUACUUGCUGGAUGGAGUCCCUUUCAGCUGCUGCAACCCAAGCUCUCCACGGCCCUGCAUCCAGUACCAAAUCACAAACAACUCAGCUCACUACAACUACGAUUACCAGACUGAGGAGCUCAACAUCUACCUCCGAGGCUGCAGGGAGGCCCUGGUCCACUACUACAUGGGCCUGAUGAACACCAUUGGGGCUGGAGUGCUUACAGUCUUUAUGAUCCAGGGGUCUGUGCUGGUGUGCCUGCGGUAUCUGCAGACAGCCAUGGAGGCAGUGGCAGGGCAGGAAAAUACUGAGAUCGAAACUGAAGGCUACUUGCUGGAGAAAGGGGUGAAGGAGACCAUCAUGGAGUAUGUGGACCCUGUGCUGAAAUUCCUCUUGCUGAACCAAGUGGCGGAGGGCGAAGAGACCCCUGCUGCCGCCACCUAAAGCACACAUUAUCAUGGCCCCAUUUACACUUAUCAUGUCAUGCAUCUCUCAUCUGGAUAAUAUACAGACAUGUUUAUCCACAUUCCAUUUACACUUGGCCACAUCAAUGCGUCUUCAUUAGAUGGAUAAAAAUGUGAUUGCACUCGCCCACACAAAAUGCAGAUGUUUUCAGGUGGAGCGUAGUGAUGGCAGCUGUGGCUUGGGUAGACGGAUGUACUCACACUUAACAAGAUUGCGGCCAUGAUGCGUCUCAAGACUCCUCCUCAGGUGGCUUAGAAAUAAGAUCUGACUCCAGCCCCAAUGUGUCUUGGAUGUAUUCACACUUGGCCUUUUAGCUAUCCAAUAGCUAUCCCAUCUGCUCAAGACGCAUGAAUUGGCCAGGUGUAAAUGGGCACAGAGGCAUGAUUUUAUUCUUAUUUUUUUACCAAGUGGGCGACUAAAUAAAUGAUAAUAUAAAGUUGAAUACAACUUGUGAAUUAAGAUUUUCUUUGAAUUUCACCGACUCAGGUAUAGUGUGGGUUAUGUUUUUUUGUUUGUUUGUUUUUUUUUUUGUGAGUGACAUGGAUCGUACAUCUAAUAUUUCUUAUAUAAAAACCAAAACAAUUAUCUUCUAUCUGCUAUCAUUUACUGCCUGUACACCUUCCCAUUCAAUUUCCAAAUACAUAAUUGACCCUCCAUCCAGUACUGUAUGUAAAACCACAACAGAUGCCCACAGUGUUUAUAAUCUAUAAUCUUUCUAACAUUGAUGAGUUACUUGUCAAUACUGCUUAAAAUGAAUAAUAUGCUCAAGAGUUGAGCAAGACUUUUGUUUAGUUAUUUUUUGUUCUUUCAUAUUAUUUACAGCAAGAAACCCUUUAUUGUUACACUUGUUUACAACUUGACAAAUACACAAAACCAUUUGUAUCUUAACCUCAUUGUGAAAUGACCUGCCAUGUGCAUUUCACACCACAUUCCCAAGAUUGUUUACUUACCAAAGAUAUUUUAAAAAAUUACCCAUCACUUCAGUGGGUAAACAAUAACUCUCCAGCUGAUGUAAAAAAAAAAAUCUGUUUUGGUCUAAAAAAAAAAAAAAAAAAAAAGAACGGUGAUGUAAAGCUGACUGUAGAGAGACAUGCGACACAACGCUCUGCUACGUAACAAUGCAAAAGGACACUAUAUUACAGAGGUAUUACAACAGAUAACAUAUUAAAGUUUCAAGUUUCUAAUUG